AUGUAGAAUUAAUUCGUAACAAAAUAUAUUUCUGAAACAUUGUCAAACUUCACUCAAAUAAUAUUCUUACUUUACUCGUUCCAUUUAAAAUUGGUUACGUAUUUUAAGAAGAAUUAUGAAAUGGCUAAUAUUAAUCUAAAAUAUAUGUAAUAUUCAUUCAUUUUAAUAAAUAUAGUUCUCAUUAUUAAUAACUCAAUAAAGUUUGAA